AUGGCAGAUGGACCCAGGUCACUAGAGGGUAAGAAAUACCCAGCCAAAAAGCAUGCUCAAAACGUCCUUUUUCAUUUUGAUAAAAAAAACUCUAAAAAGGCCCAAAAUGUAUCAUUUUUCAUAAGUGGAGAAGACUUGGAGUUGUACAAAUAUUGCGAUCAAACAAGACCAUUUAGACAAAACAGAUACUUUUUCUAUUUGAGUGGGAACAAUAUUCCAGGAUCUCAUGUGUUGUAUGAAAGUGACAAGGAUAAAUUAACUAUUUAUUUACCUAACGUGGACAAGGAAGAUAUCAUGUGGUCUGGUUUACCGUUGUCUAGGGAGGAGGCUGCAAAAAAAUUUGAUGCCGACGAAAUCAAAUAUGCUGCUGAUAUUUCAGGUAAUUUGAAGGCUUUGAAGAAUAAACCAUACACGACUGAUAUUAAUAAGUUCAACCAAGAUUUUAGCUCGCUCUUGAUUGAGAAAGAUGAGGAUUUUUUUUACGCAUUAGAUGAAGCUCGUGCAUUCAAAGAUGAAUAUGAAAUUGAAUUGAUGAGACACGCUGCAAAGAUAACCGACAACUGUCACCUUGCAGUUAUGUCUGCUUUGCCAAUUGAGACCAAAGAGACUCAUAUACAUGCUGAGUUUAUGUACCAUGCAUUACGUCAAGGGGCUAAAAACCAAUCUUAUGAUCCGAUAUGUUGUAGUGGUGAAUCUUGUUCCACUUUGCACUGGGUUAAGAAUGAUGGGGAUAUAACCCCAGAUAAACGUUCAGUUUUGAUUGAUGCUGGUGCUGAAUGGGAUUGCUAUGCAAGUGACGUUACUAGAUGUUUUCCCGUGAAUGGUGAGUGGACAAAAGAGCAUUUAGAAAUAUACAACCUUGUUUUGAAAAUGCAGGAAGAAGUUUACAAAUCAAUGAAACCAGGUAUUGAAUGGGAAGACCUUCACUUGAAAGCACACCGAGUAUUGAUUGAAGGAUUCAAACAAUUGGGCAUUUUUAAAGAGGAAUAUACAGUGGAGGAAAUCUUCAAAGCUAAAGCCAGUGCAAGAUUUUUCCCUCAUGGAUUGGGCCAUAUGUUAGGUAUGGAUACGCAUGAUACUGCGGGAUAUGCAAACUAUUCUGAUCCUGACCCUCUUUUGUGCUAUUUGAGAAUUAGAAGAAGGCUUGAGCCGAAUAUGGUUGUGACAAAUGAACCUGGAUGUUACUUUUCCCCAUUCUUGUUAGAAGAGACCUUGAAUGAUCCAUCAAAGAGCAAAUACAUCAACAAAGAAGUCUUGGACAGAUACUGGUACGUUGGUGGUGUUAGAAUAGAGGAUGACGUUUUAAUCACCAGGGAUGGAUAUGAAAUCUUUACAAAGGUGACUAAAGAUCCUAAGGAAAUUAGCGAAAUAGUAAAAGCUGCCUACGAAAGGGGUGAAAAAAGCUAUCACAAUGUCAUUUAG